UAUAUAAGACGGGAGGACAAUCAUUCGAUUAAUCAUUAUUUGUCUUUCCUUUUUAUUAUUUCGGUGAUGGAAGAAAAUCGCCAACCAAACACUUGGUAUCUCCUCAUCGUCGUCUUCACUCUAACCGUCGCUACACCGACCACCGGCUCGGUUAACUGCCAAACCAGUUCGCUCCGUUACCCGUUCGGUUUCUCCGACGGUUAUCCAAUCCGGUUCAAUUGCUCAAAGAAAACCGGCGACGCGGAGAUCGGCGAAUUCGUGGUAGAGGAAGUGACGAACGCAAACAUCUACGUGAAAAUCCCGCCUAUCUGCAAACGCGACAUCCUCAAAAUCGAGCAGCUCUUCCUGGAGAAUCUCGCACCGUCGAAUUCACGCAACAUAAUUCUGGUCCAGGGAUGCAAAGAACAGUCGUCUGAUUGUUUAAUUAGGACUAGAUUCGUCGAAGAUCGGUUAAAUAUCAGUCGAUGCAAGUCUCCGGUGAGCUGUCUCCACGGAGCUACGACGAUGGCCGAUGUGAUGAGUAUCGGAGACGUCGUCAACUCAAGCGGAUGCAAGUAUUGGUUCUCUUCGAUUACGCCUCAGUCUACCAAUUCGAAAUCGCAAGGCGGCUCCAUGAACUUGGGUCGACUCAGGCUCGAUUGGUGGCUUAAAGAGCGUUGCGACAAUAAUAACACGACUUGCUCCGACAACGCAACCUGUACGAAUGUCAAGCUCCCCAACGGUGGUUUCGGUCAUCGCUGCACUUGUCUCCAAGGUUUUCGCGGCAACGCCUUCACCGUGCACGGUGGUUGCCGAUUAGUUGGUAAACGUAAAGGAGUACACAAACUCAUCGUUCUUGCUACUGGUGGUGUUUUGAUUGGAGUAGUCUCACUAAUUGCGAUCUUAGUAGUUGCAUAUAUAAACCAUCACAAGCGUUCAGCGUCUUCCUCAAAAACAUCAAUGGCGAAUCGCUUGCUCAGCGAGCUAGAUGGAAACUCCAGCGUUCCCUUCUACACCUACAAAGAGAUCGAGAAAGCCACCGACAAUUUCUCCGAGAAGAACAAGCUCGGAACUGGAGCAUACGGAACAGUCUACGCCGGCGAAUUCCAAAACAUGUCAUGGGUCGCUAUAAAACGUCUUAGACGCAAAGACAGCAAAAGCAUCGACCAAGUCGCCAACGAGAUUAAGCUUCUUUCCACCGUGAGCCAUCCUAACCUCGUUCGUCUUUUAGGCUGUUGUAUCUCGCAAGGAGAACCGUUUCUAGUCUACGAGUUUAUGCCCAACGGAACGCUAUCUCAGCAUCUACAACACGAGAGAGGCCACACACCGCUUUCUUGGCCGUUACGUCUCGCCAUCGCGUCUCAGACCGCAAACGCAAUCGCACAUCUUCACUCUUCAAUGAACCCGCCAAUCUACCACCGAGACAUCAAAUCAAGCAACAUACUCCUCGACUACGAAUUCAACUCCAAAAUCUCCGAUUUCGGACUCUCAAGGCUCGGCAUGUCCACCGAUUUCGACGCAUCUCAUAUCUCCACGGCUCCACAAGGCACUCCAGGAUAUUUAGACCCUCAGUACCACCAAGAUUUCCAGCUCUCAGACAAGAGCGACGUCUACAGCUUUGGAGUUGUUCUCAUUGAAAUCAUUUCAGGGUUUAAAGUCAUAGACUUCACUCGUUCUUACACUGAAGUGAACCUUGCCUCUCUUGCCCUUGACAGGAUCGGAAGAGGGCUUGUCGUAGAUAUCAUUGAUCCUUGCUUAAAAGCUGACAACGACCCCGAAAUGUUUGCUUCUGUUCAAAAUGUUGCGGAACUAGCUUUUCGCUGCUUAUCUUUUCACAGAAACAUGAGACCUACAAUGAUAGAAGUCACGGAAGACCUCCAACGGAUUAAGCUUAUGUACUUUGGUCCAGCGACUAUGAAUUCCAUUUAAAGUUAUUCAAGGGCCAAGAAUCAUUAGAUGAGCUAUGUGUGUUAGUGUUAGAUUUAUUUCUUAUUAUUAUUAUUAUUUUGUUUCUUGCGUGUGAAACAAAGAAAAAAAGUCCCCAGCAAAAUUGGAAGAACCCAAUAGGCUUUGUAUAUACACCUCAGAAACUUUAUACAAAAAUAUCUAAUUGUACAAA